CGGUUGAUUAGAGCCAACAUGGCGUCCAACCGGUAGAGUUUCAUGAUAGUUAUUCUUGCUGCUACGGGUAUCUAGACGAGCAUAAUCACAGGUUUCCAAACUUGGACAAGGCAAGAGAUCCAAAGGAUGGCGCGGGUGGUGUUCCUCCAUCCGGACCUUGGUAUUGGUGGAGCUGAGCGACUGGUGGUCGAUGCUGCUGUCGCUCUUAAGUCUCAGGGAUGUAGUGUUCAGAUCUGGACCGCCCAUUAUGACCCAACACACUGCUUCUCUGAGACCCUGGACCCAGAACUUCCUGUGGUAUGUGUGGGUGACUGGCUACCCACCAGUGUGUUUGGUUACCUGCAUGCCCUGUGUGCCUACCUGAGGAUGAUUUAUGUGGCUCUCUACCUGGUCUUCCUCAGCGGGGUGGAGUAUGAUGUCAUCUUCUGUGAUCAAGUGUCAGUGUGCAUCCCGGUGCUGCGACUGUCACGUCACAGGAAGAAGGUUUUGUUUUACUGCCACUUCCCAGACCAGCUGCUGACCCAGAGGAAGUCAGUCCUGAAGAAGCUUUACCGCGCUCCAAUCGACUGGCUGGAGGAACGUACCACUGGCAUGGCUGAUAUGAUUCUGGUAAACAGCCAGUUCACCGCAGGCAUCUUCAGGGAGACCUUUCUGGGUCUACGAGGAGUCCAGACAGAUGUCCUCUAUCCUUCCCUUAACACGCGCACCUUUGACCAGCCGUCCACUGAAGCAAAAGGCUUGGAAGGGCUGCUCCCUGAGGGAACCUCCUGCCUGUUUCUCUCUCUGAACCGAUACGAGAGAAAGAAGAACCUGGGGCUGGCUCUAGAGGCUCUUGCAUCCCUGAGGAGCAGCCUUUCUCUAGGCCAGAGAGCGGGCGUUCACCUGGUGGUGGCGGGGGGCUACGAUGACAGAGUUACUGAGAACGUCCAACAUUAUACUGAACUGAAAAAGCUAGCAGCGCAGUUGCACUUGGAGGACUGUGUCACUUUCUUGCGCUCCCCCUCCGAUUCGCUCAAGGUGGGGCUGCUGCGGGGCAGCGCAGCCGUGCUGUACACCCCGAGCAGAGAGCAUUUUGGGAUAGUUCCCGUAGAGGCCAUGUACUGCUGCUGCCCUGUUAUCGCAGUAAACUCUGGGGGCCCCCUGGAGAGCGUGGCAGACGGGGAGACGGGCUUCCUGUGCGAGCCCACGGCAGAGGCCUUCUCUAAGGCCAUGGAGAGGCUCGUCAGGGAGCCACAGCUCCGCAGGGACAUGGGACUAGCUGGGAGGAAGAGGGUACGAGAUAAAUUCUCUCUUCAGGCCUUCUCAGACCAGCUGUAUGGGUACAUUGUCAGACUGAGCCAGUGAUGAGAAAGCUGGAGAAAAGGCUGCAGAGACACAGUGUAAUGGCGUAAAAAUGAUCCUUUACUGUGAAUUGUAUGUGGACGACUGGGGGCUGCAGAGAGUUAAAGUGGAUGUCUUCUAACAGAGAAUGUAUGUGUAUAUGUGCAGGGAGGCAGGGGAGGGGGGGUAUUAUGAGGACUUAGAGGACAAUCAAUCAGCAUUCCCCUGGAGGGGUUGCUGAGAGGAAAAAGAGGACGGAAUCUCUAUACCAAUUAAGAAAAGAGUAACGAGUUUACCUACCCUAUCUCUGGAAAAAUACCACCCCUGCAUAUGUGUGUGUGUGUGUGUGUGUAGCAGUGCAGCAAGCAAGAGUCUAGCAAAUGAGCGUACCAAAAGGAUUGAUUGUUAGAGUGAAAUGUUUUGCACUGUGUAUGGUUUUUUUUUUUUAAACUUGCUUUUCUAGUCUUUGUCUUUGUGUGUUUGUGGGAUGAAGAAGAAGAAUGUAGUUACCACCAUUUGCCAUCAGGCUUUGCACAGUCCCAGAUCAAUAAACAGGAUGCUUUCCACUACUUCCUGUCCGCCCAGAGCUUUGUUCCCCUCCUCGCAUUCAGAAGAUGCUGGCCUGUCCAUGACUCUUGCUGCUGCGUGGAGGUUAUUAGCAGAUGAUAGAGAGUGUUUGGCUUUAUUAGAGGUCUGGCUGAUGGGCAGUGUGUCUUUGUCUGGGUCAUUAUCAACGAGGAGAAUAGCAGAAGGUCAUUGUGUCUGCGUGCUGGCCUCCUCAGCCCUCCUACUGUAUAGAAAUGUUCUUAUUGACAUUCCUGAAGUCUUAAUAAACAAGAGGACACAUAGUUUCCUGACUCUUA